GUUCGCUCAGCGAGAAAUUUGCCUGACACUAGUUGACUAUAGUGCUUUCCACACGAGACAACAAAUAUCAGUGUUUCCUCUACAUGCAUUCAGGAGGUUUCUCAUGUUGCCUAUUUUUAUAUUACUGUCUACAGAUAAAUGUCAGAAGCUGUAAAAUGAAGACACAAACAUGAACAGUCGUGUCUAUAAUGAUUCUCAUUAUAGACACGACUCAUAAUGAGGGGGUGACGCCCAAAACAUGCAGUGCCAUCACUGUAAAAUCACUUUCCCCAGAUCUAAAGCUUGUAGUUCCUCCAGCAGGCUGAUCUUUGGCUGUUGGUUAUUUAUUAUCUGCUCUAGCUUUUCUUUGUUCAGAGAUAUGGUGAAAAUAAUAUGAUGAUUUUUUAUUGGAGCAAAGUUGGGGUUGUCACGGGUUGUGUUUAUUCGUGUUAUUCGCGCGAGGAUUAAAUUUUAGACUCCUAGUGCAGCUUUUAAGAAGAUUUCUUAGAGGAAAACCUUGCGGUGGAAGCUCGUCAUGCACGUAGACCUUUAGAGAAAACUUCCAGGUGGGUGGGCGACGUUAUAUUCGUCACCUUUCCCUGGACGUAGUGAGAUAAACCCUCACCAUUAGAGACACUGAGGCUUCAGACAAAGGGAAGCAGGUGUGUCUGUGUGUGUGUGUGUGUAACUGUACACCCUGACCCGCAGGUCUGAAUCCCGGCUUCCCUCCGAUGACGGCAUGUCGGUUCGGCGUUAAUCUGCAAAAUCUGCCGGCUGACAUUUAACAAACAAGUAUAAAAGUCGGCCGAGUGGUCGGAGCGACAGAAGAGGAGAGAAAUCGACAGAAACCUCCGAACGACAGGAAAACAACAGCAAUAAGAGAAGAAGAAGAGACGCAGAGCGACAGGACAGAGUGGAGAAUGUGUCCUGCGUGGCUAUUGGCGGCUGCGGUGCUUGUGGGCGUGGCCAGAGGAGCUGUGGGUCAGUGCUGGGAGCAUCCGAGCUGCCAGGAGCUCGACUCAGAGAGCAGCAUGCUGGAGUGCAUCCAGCUUUGUCACUCCGACCUCACCGCCGAGACCCCUGUCAUCCCGGGCAGCGCCCACCUCCAGCCUCCGCCUCCAUCCGACUCCUCCUCCUCCUUCAUCCUGCCUUCCUCCUCUCCUCAGGCCAAGCGCUCCUACUCCAUGGAGCAUUUCCGCUGGGGGAAGCCCGUCGGCCGGAAACGCCGCCCGGUCAAAGUCUACACCUCCAACGGCGUGGAGGAGGAGUCCGCCGAGGUUUUCCCCGGAGAGAUAAGGAGGCGGGAGCUGGCCACUGCGUUGUUGGCAGCAGCUGAGGAGGAGGAGGAGGAGAAGGCGCAGGAGGUGAUGGAGGAGGAGCAGCAGCAGCUCCUGGGCGACGUCCAGGAGAAGAAAGACGGUUCGUACAAGAUGAAGCACUUCCGCUGGAACGGCCCGCCGGCCAGCAAACGCUACGGCGGCUUCAUGAAGAGCUGGGACGAGCGCAGCCAGAGGCCGCUGCUCACGCUCUUCAAAAACGUCAUCAACAAAGACGGACAGCAGGAGAAGUGAGAGGAGGAGGAGGAGGAGAGGGAGAAAACGUUUUACACAGGCAGCAAAGAUUUCUGAUUGGCCAGGGAAGCUUCUUAGCAGACACAUUAGCGACCAAUAACAAGCUCUGAAACUGUAAGCUGAUCCUGAAUGACUGAAACAGAUAAAGAGUGAGAACGAUGUUUUGAUAUCAGUUCAUUUAUGUAAAUAAAUGUAAAUUAUGUGAAAAAAUAAAGUUAUUUGCAA